AUGUUUAAACAAAUAUUGGAAUUUUUAUUACUAUCACUUCUUUUGGGAUAUUCAAAUGCUGCUGAUAUAUUGUUAAGCUUGAAUACUGGUGAUUUAGGUGGAGAUUCGAUUGAUGAUCUGGAUACGAAACCAAUUAUUAUCCAUAUCGACAAGAGUUCAAUGUCUCCAGAUGUUUUGAAACAUCUCUCCAAGACAUCAAAUGUAGUUUUUGCUGACAUUCCAGCAUCUCCUCAAUUUAUUAAUUUGAAAGAUCUUGAAAGUGAAUUAAAUGAUGAAAUAAAAAAAGCAGAAUGGAAUAUCGAAGCAGAGACUUAUAGACAAUACUCUCUUAUGAACAGGACCAAUACCUUAUUUAACUGGUUAAAACCCAAUUUACAAAAAGUGAAUAUGAACCAAAAUGGUUUGGUCAUCGAGAUUAGAACCACUACAAACAAUACAGAGUCAGACGAAGAAGAUAUUAAGUUUGCCAGGGAUUCUGAACUUGAACUUGAGUCUGAACCUGAAUUGCAGGAAUUAGAACUAAAUGAACAAGAAAUUGGAGAAAAGUACCUAGAUAGGAAGAGGACUGUUAAUAAGGAAGAGAUCGCAUCUCUUACAUUUACUGCUAACCCAGAGGUUUCAUCCAGCGUCAGUAAGAAAAAGGUUCCUCAUAAUAAGGCAAACGAGUACAAAGCAGCAAAUGAUUCAAAACCAACAAAAAUCAAAGAAGAAAAUAUGCAGAAUAGUUCUCCAUUUAUGUUCCCAACCACAUUAUUUACCGCAAUCGCACUAACAUUAUUAAUUUUCAUUCAUGCAUAUUAA